UGUUUGGAGCGCGAGCAUCUUCUCGUGCAGUGUGUGGAGCCCGGCACGUGGGGGCGGACGUCUUUGUCUGUCUGUCGUUCGUCAACGUGCUGGAGGCAGAUAGCCCCUCUCCUCACAUCCAUAGAGCAACAGCAGAACAGAGGGAGUUUCACAGGAGAUGUGCAUAGCCUCAUCAUCUCCAUCAUCAUGAGGAAGAUCACCGGCAAACACUUGUUGUGCUUCAUCCUGCUUGCCUUCCCGCUGUCCUGGGCAGAGACCACGAAUAAGGAUGUGAAGAAGCCUGACAAUGACACAGUUUGGAGCCAAGCAAAGACCAGACGACUGUUUGCGAGGAAAAAGAUUACUCCGCCACAGGAAAGUCACAUCCCUAAACACAGGUCAAACCUCAUGACCCCUGCCCAUCGCUGUGGCCGCCUGAUGGAGAACUGCUCCUCUCAUAUGCCGUGCUGCGAUCCCUGUGCCUCCUGCCGCUGUCGUCUCUUCAACACCAUCUGCCACUGCUGGAGGAUGAACCCUCUGUGCUUAAAGAAGACAUAGAUGAAACACAAAAACACAUGCAAAGACAUGGCCUAACACAGAUUGCAAUGAUAAUGUACAGACAUAUAUACAUACCAGCACAUGCACACUGUCCUCUGGCAUGUGGGCUCAUCUUUUACUACACAGGUGCACUUCAGAGAAUAUUAUUACUGUUCAGAGAACAUUUGGAAAGCCAUGAAACAGACCAAGGCUGAAAGUGAUGAAAGAGUGAAGCAUGGGGUUUUUCUGUCGUCAGCUGCCUGAGCGAGAAAAAAAACACUGAAAUGUUGAAUAUAUCGUGUACAGAAUAGGUGUGAUGUAAGAGGAGUAACAUAUGCUUUUCAUGUAUGUAGAUAAUCACGUGUAAACCAUUUGUGCUGUGCCUUGGGAAUUUCCCAAGUUUUUGCAUAUCUUAAUGUUUUAUGUGUCAUGUUAAAACCAUGGGAAUAUAGAUUUCAUUGGCAUACAAGUUACUUAUUUUUGAAACUCACCGCCCUCAAGACUCAGAGUGGAAAAAAUAAAUCCAAAUCAUAUGUUUUGAGUCAAAACAGUAAUCCAGGCCUUGGUGAACAGAACAAUUCAGGUCUAAAAUGGUAAUUUGCAGAUUAUUCAUGUGAGUAUAUUGUGGUUAAAGCUAGUUUAUAAUUUAUUUUUUUAAUAAAUACACCAGAAGCCUAUGCUGUCCUAUUGCUUUUAAUCUUUUUCUUUCACUUUCAUUUCAGAAGCAGAAUAAUAAAAAUGCCCCUAAAAGUGUACAUUUAGUAGAAACCCAUGCUUCAUUUAGUUUAUAUGAGACAUCAUUUUUUGGGGGGAAAAGCCAAAAUAUGUAGUUAUUUAGCAAAAAAGAUGUCCAGCAGCUAUCUUGUGAAUGAACAUGGACUUAACCUGCUUUGUAUUUCUCUCUGUGACGAUUGUGUGAAGAGAGCUGAACAUAGCCAAUGUGAAUUAAAGAAAAUAAAGCUCCUGUCCAGGUA